AGUUUACUUGAAGAUGCCAACAUGCUAUAAUAUUGACAUUUUAUUAUUUUGAGGUUAUUGUUAACUAUUGUUCACUUAGUUUUCUUUCUUCACUUAAAUAGUGUAAAACAAAUUUAAAUCAUGGUGGAUAAACUACCAGUUAAAUUAGGAGGCACAGAUUAUACACAAAUAUUUAUUGCUGUUUUUGUCAUAGUUAUUACUUUAGUUCUCAUUGCACUUUAUAAAAGAAGGAAGAGCACAAGGCGUGGAAUUCUCUUUACUGGUAUUUGCGAUAGUGGAAAAACUUUAUUAUUUUCUCAACUAAUUCAUAAUAAGCAUAUACAAACGCAUACCUCUAUAAAGGAAAAUAUAUCAAAUUACAUUUUCAAUGGCGAUGCUCUGAAAGUUAUUGAUAUUCCUGGCCACGAACGCUUAAGGGAUAGAUUUUUUUCACAAUACAAAGACAUUGCAAAAGGAAUUGUGUUUGUAGUUGAUUCUAAUACCAUUACUCAAGAUAUCAGAGAUGCAGCUGAGUUUUUGUACAAUAUCAUCGUUGAUCCUGUUAUAGUUAAGAAUAAACCGAAUAUACUUAUACUCUGCAAUAAACAAGACUUUACAUUUGCAAAAGGAGGAUCAGCUGUGAAAUCAAUUUUUGAAAAAGAAUUAAAUACUCUCCGAACCACAAAAUCAAGUCAGCUAGAGUCCGUGGAUCCAAAAGUUAAAAAAGCUUCUCUAUUGGGAGAUUCCGAGGAAGAUUUUGACUUUGGUGCCUUAUCAUUAAAAGUGGACAUUGCAGAAAGUUAUGCAUAUCAUAAAAAUGGCAGUGUUGAUAUUGAAGGACUGAAAAAAUGGCUCUCUCGUCAAAUUUGAAAUUGUAUAUUAACUUUUUAAUUGUUAUGGCUUAAAAAAUGCACAAGCAAGUCAUUUUUUGUCAUUAUAUUAACAUAUUAAGUUAUAUUCAUUUGAAUUAUGUAAAUAAUUUUGAAAUAUACUUAUAGUUAAUGGAUUCAAGUUGAAGUAAUUUUAAUACGUUACGGUACAAUUUUAUAAGCGUUCCUAAUAAAAAUUAAUAAAAGUAUUUUUAGCUCAGUUGGAUGGUAUACCGAAAAAGAUUGCGAAAAGGGUAUAUUUUUUAUAAAUUUUAGCUGUUGGAUGGCAUACCAAAAAAAAAAAAAUUGUGAUUUUGUAUAUAUUUGUAAAUAAGAUAUAUACGAGGAUGUAUUGAUAUCUAGUUAGCCUAGACCAGUUCCAUGCAUAAACAAAAUAUUACGUUACCAUAGCAACGAACAAUAACUUAUUAGAAGUGUCAGUGUAAAGUUUGACGUCAAAAAAGUAAACCAGAGUUACGCAAUAAAUUAAAAGAAAAAAGAUGUCCACCGAAAUUGUGAAAAUCGAAAAAUUGGACUCACUAGCCAUCAUCAAGUACCUGUAUUUAAAAGGGUUAAGAGGUAAGCAGAUUUACGAAGAUAUGCUUAAUACCCUUGGUGAUCAAUGUCCUUCGUAUGCGACCGUGCAAAAUUGGACUGUAAGCUUCAAAAGAAUUAAAUUUUCCAUUAAUGAUGGUGACCGA